UUACGUCACAUGUCGAAGUUUACAGCAAUGGCUACGGGAAAUGGACUCGCUUCUCUGGGUGUUGAAGGAGCCAAUGCCGCGGCGCAUGCGCUCUCUCUCCCGGCGGAAGCCUACGGAAAUGACCCUCAACUGGAAGUGAUGUGGGCAAUGAAAGCAUACCAGCACGCUGAAAUUUACUUCAACCUCAUCUCCUCAGUGGACCCCAAAUUUCUCAAGCUCACAAAAGUUGACGACAAGAUCUACUCCACGUUCAGGGAAGAGUUCGGAGACCUGAACAUUCAGGUUUUGGACCCAGAAGAGCUCAAAUCUGAUAAGGCCAAAGAGAAAUGGAGGCCAUUUUGCAACAAGUUUGAGGGGAUCGUGGAGGACUUUAACUACGGCACACUUCUGCGACUGGACUGCCAGAAGGAUUACACCGAGGAGAAUACGAUAUUUGCUACCAGAAUCCAGUUUUUCGCCAUCGAGAUUGCGAGGAACAGGGAAGGCUACAACAGCGUCGUCUACAACUCCAAGAAACAGAGCAGAGAGGAGCAGAGCAGCUAAUGCAGACGAGGGGAGAAGAGUCUUCUCCACAACCCUGCCGACGGCGUUACCCUCCCCGCAACCCUGCCGACGGCGUUACCCUCCCCGCGACCCUGCCGACGGCGUUACCCUCCCCGCGACCCUGCCGACGGCGUUACCCUCCCCGCAACCCUGCCGACGGCGUUACCCUCCCCUGACAUGACCUGUCUGACCCAACAGCACCCUCUGCUGGUUCUGUUGCAACACGCACCAUUUGAACUUUUGAACUCUAUGGACAUCACCAGUGAGAAACUGAAACUGCUUAAACUGCGAGGGAAUAAACAUUUGGGCUGCACAUAUAGAAUCGCAGAUAAAACUAUCAGCAUCUGUUUCAGAAACCCCAAAACAGAUUUCACACGCUUGGGGGAAAACUAAAGCCCUGAAAAUCAUUCUGCAGAAGUGUGUAUGCCAAAAGAUUCCCGACAAUGGCCGGUCUUUGGUUUUGUUGACGUUGUUAUGGUUACAUAUUUAAAAAAGGAAGCGGUUAUGCUUGUGUGUUCUUGGACUGAAUUUCUUUAUGCUCAAUAUAAAUCAAUACAAGUCUACAUUAAAAUCACAACAGUUCUCUGGACUGGUUUUUUCUGCAGUUCUGGGGGACUAGA